UAGUGACCCUGCGAGCCAUGUUGGAUCAGGAGCGGCCUCGCCCCCUGCAGCGCCGGGGACCCUCGUAUCCGCCGCGCGUCAGUUCCAAUAUUACUGUCAACUCAUUGAAAGGACAAAACAAGAAUAUUGAAGACCAAAAUGUAAAGACGCAGUGUACGUGUGAUCUUCAGGAAGAAAACCAGAGGCUGAAGGAAAGAGUCGAGCAAUUAGAAAGUGCAGCAGCAGCGGGGGCGUGGCAGCAAAGUUCGGGGGGCAUUGGGAGUGCGGGGGGCGCGGGGGGCAGCCCCCGCUCUGGCCGUGGGGACCUCAGGAAUCGCUCCUACACCAUACUGCCAGGAGUGCCGUCCGAUGAGACGCAGUGCACGUGUGGGCUACAGGCCGAGGCCGCCGCGCUGCGGGAGCGAAACAAACUGCUUGAAAGCGAGGUGGAAGCGUUGAACUUGAUGUUGUGGGCCGAGCCGCCGCGCGCCGGCGACCGUGUCAACCGCGGCUCGACAACCCACACCACGGCUGCUACUAAACAGACGCAGUGUACGUGUGACUUGCAAGAUGAAACUAUCAGGUUACAAGAAAUAAUCGAUCUACUGGAAGUAAGUACCUGAUACUUUAUUUAAAGAAAGUAUAAAUAGCACUUGGGUACGUUAAAAGUACCAUAAUAGCCAAAUCAAAUGCAAU